AUGUUCCGAUUAUUUCGAAUAAUUCUAUAUUUCAGAUUGAUUGGGAAUUGUAUAGCUUUAGAUCCUGAAAUAAUCGAGUUAGAAGAUCAUCUUUUCUAUGGAAUGAUAAGUUUAUUUUUGAUAUUGUUUUCUGGUUUUUGCAGCGGAGCCACUUAAGGUCUUUUGUCAAUAGACCAAAUAACAAUAGAGGUGAAGCUGAGAAAAUGGGCAUCUCGUAUUUUAUCUGUAAUUUAAGAGCAUCAUUUGUUAUUAUCAACGUUAUUGGUUGCAAACUCAUUGGCAAAUGAAUCACUGCCGAUUUUUAUAAAAAAGAGUACAGGUGAUUGGAUAGCUUUGUUGAUAUCUGUAAUAUUGGUAGUGUUAUUUGGAGAAAUAUUUCCAUCGGCAAUAAUGACAGGAAAGCAUUAAUUAAGCAUAGCAUCAUUCAUUACACCUUAUAUUUAGUUUCUAAUUUCAAUUCUGUAUCUGAUAUGUUAUCCCUUAAGUUUGAUUCUAGAUAAGGUUUUGGGUACAAAAUGCAAACGAUAUCAUUUGGAAUACAUAAGGUAAUUGAUGGAGAUCUGCAAACAAUAGGAUGUGAUAAAACCAGAAGAAUUAAAAAUUAUAGUGUCGGUGAUGGAAUUGAGAAAUAAAUAUGUGAUCAAUUAUAUUAAACCACUUCAUAAUGUCUGUUAUAUUUAGCAAGAUGAGCCUUUUUGUAAAAGAUUGAUACGGAGACUAAAAGUGAAGGAAUACUCGAUGAUACCUAUAAUUGAGAAUAAUUGUGUGAUUGGUUUGUUCAAAUCUAAAGACCUGAUAACUUUGGAUGAAUCAAAUUACGGAUAACUUGUGGUGGAACUAGUUAAGGUUUAUUAACCUUUGAUAAUAUCAGGGGACACAACGAUGUUGGAUUUAUUGUUGAUGUUUCAGAAAUACAAGACGAACAUUGCAUUUGCGAUUAGUUAAGAACUCUAAGGGAUGAUAACUCUCAGAGAUUUAUUUAAUGAGAUUCUAGACGAUGUCUAUUUAGAUGAAGACGUACAUGGCACAGUUAGAAUAGAGUCAGCAUCAUAAUAAUAGUCAAUACAAACUAUUUAUUGA